UAAUGCAGACACGAAUGGUUUUCCUUCAUAGAUGUUUAUAUUGUCAUUGACUAGUAUUUUGUUUAACCAGAAUCAAGAAAGUAUAUAACUGCGAAACGCUAUUUCUUCCAAAAAUGUAGAUCAUCUGGUUGCCGAAAAUGCCGCCAUGAAACGGCUAGCUGCCUUGGUUUAAAUUUGGAUUACAACUACACAAAGGAAGUUCUAACAUGGUGGACAAUGCUACCCUGUCUUGUGUGGCGUUUAUUAUACGAAAACAGCACUUUUCAAGUAGGAGAUACCCGGGAGUGAUGGCAAAAUGUUCGUAAGCCGUGCAACAUAUCUAUUUAAUUAUCACGACGAGGCCUUGACAAUAUCAAAAAACCUAUCUGGAUAUUUACUGGAUGAGCGCUCAUGUACCGGAAAGUGAAUUUCAAGGCAUUAAACAAUGGCAGACGUUGAACCGAAUACAAGUUUGAUAAAAGCUAUACACGAAGGCAACAACGAACUGGCACGUGACCUAAUUGCUCAAUGUGAAGACGUUAAUAUCCCAAAUGGUACAGGGAAAACGGUUUUGGCGAGCGCUGUAUCCGUUUGUAAUAAGGAAAUCGUUAAAAUGUUAAUAGAUGUGGGUGCUGAUGUUAAUCAAAGAGCUUGUUUAGACAGUUACCAAUAUUUUUUAAGAGAAAACGGUAUCCGUAAUGCGUAUUAUGGCAUAACACCUUUAUAUAUUGCAGCUUGCAAUAAUGACGAAGAGGUUUUAGGACUGCUGAUUGAAUCUGGUGCCAAUGUAAAUUUAUGUAAUGAUGAAAAUGGAGGAACUCCUAUAUUUGCUGUCGCACGUAUCGCACGUACUGUUGUAAAAGACAACAAAAAUGUUGCACGAUUAUUGAUUGACAAAGGCGCUGACAUCAAUGUAUUUGAUGAACAUGGGAAUUCUCCAUUAGCAGUUGCAGCUAGAAGUAACCGCACUGAGAUAGCAGAACUCUUGAUUGAAAAAGGUGCUGAUGUGAAUGUAUUUGAUGAACAUGGGAAUUCUCCAUUAGCAGUUGCAGCUAGAAGUAACCGCACUGAGAURGCAGAACUCUUGAUUGAAAAAGGUGCUGAUGUGAAUGUAUUUGAUGAAGACGAAAAAACGCCUUUAUGCUAUGCUGCUGAUCAUGGUAAUGUCGAACUUGUACGGCGACUAAUUGAAAAAGGUGCUGAUGUCAAUAUAUCUAAUAAAUAUGCAUUAUUGCAUAAUGACGAUGAGGUCACAGGACUGUUAAUUGAGAGCGGUGCUGACAUCAAUGUAUUUGAUGAAGAUGGGAAUUCUCCAUUAGUGGCUGCAGCUAGCAAUAACUACACUCCAUUAGCAGUUGCAGCUAGAAGUAACCGCACUGAGAUAGCAGAAUUCUUGAUUGAAAAAGGUGAUUAUGUGAAUGUAUAUCAUGAAGACGAAAGAAUGCCUUUAUGCUUUGCCUAUGUCAAUCAAUCUGAUAAAUAUAUGUACACAACACCAUUAUUAUCGGCAACUCAAGGUAAUAACGUUGAACUUGUACGACGGGAACUAAUUGAAAAACGUGCCUAUGUCAAUCAAUCUGAUAAAUAUAUGUGCACAACACCAUUAUUAUCGGCAACUAAAGGUAAUAACGUUGAACUUGCACGACUGUUAAUUGAGAGCGGUGCUGACGUCAAUGUUUUGGAUUUGACCGGAAGAAGUCCAUUAGGUAUUGCAACAAAGUCAAACUACAAACAAGUUGCACAUCUUCUGAUUGAGAACGGUGCUGAUGUCAAUGCAUUGGUUGAAUAUGAUGGAAAAACACCUUUGUACUACGCAGCCUCAUUUUAUAAAGAUAAACUAACUUCAAGCCUUUUGAUUUCGAAGGGUGCUGAUGUCAAUGCAUUUGAUAAAUUUGAGAAAACACUCUUAUUAUCCGAAGCCGAAAGAAAUAACGAAGAGGCUGCUCGACUAUUGAUUGAAAUUGGUGCUAACGUCAAUUUGUCUGAUGAAUAUGGCCAAACUGCUUUGCACUUUGCAGCUGCAACUAACAGCAAAGACGUUGCAAGACUAUUAAUUGAGAAAGGUGCUGAUGUAAAUGCAUCGGAUAAUUAUGGGCGGACUCCUUUUAUCCUCGCAGCUGCAAAAAUCUUCGACGUUUCAUUAUUGUUGAUUGAAAAUGGUGCUGACAUCAAUAUUGCAGAUGAGCAUGGACGAACGGCCUUGUUUUAUUUGGUUAUGCCUUUUGACCACAGACAGGGAGUUGGUGAUCAGUCUUCUCACCUUGCUCAUAUGCUUACUCUUAAAGUAGCUUCUGAUUGCAGUAACAUUGAUAAAAGGGAUAACGAAGGUCAAACCGUGUUAUUCUAUGCUAUCAAGACAAUGAAUACAUGCGAGGGAUGUGAUAAACCGGCUUUGGCAAAGGUACUUAUUGACACUGGCGCAAAAGUUAAUGUAGCAGACAAUAACGGGGAAACGCCACUUUUUUUCGCAUUUACGGAUUCCUCCGUACGAUUGCUGUUAGACCAUGGUGGAGACUUAACUCUUCGAAAUAACCAGAUGGAAACUGUCUUGAUUCAUGCCAUUAAAUAUAUGCACACUCGAGAUGAAGUACUGCUUUUUGGAAGAUCCUAUUACUCCAAGGGAUCUCAGUUUAAUCAUUUAAGGACAUUGAUCAAUUUUAGCUCACUUGAAAUAAACGCAAGAGAUAUGUUUGGCAGAACAGCUCUAUUUUAUGCAGCUAUGGCGUGUAAUUCUGUUCCACGGUUUAAAGAAAUAGUAAUUAUGCAGCUUCUUGACCAAGGAGCUAAUUUACGUACUGUCGAUAGCAACGGUGUUAGUGUUUUAUCCUAUUUUAUUGAGAAAAAUUGCUGCGACGAAUCUCUGCAAGACGACAAUGAUGUAUCAACAACACUUACAUUUUGGAAAGAGAAUGCCGCAGUUUUCCUUUCAGCUUUGAACUUUUUGUAUUGUAUUUUACCUAAGUACCUUCACGGUCGUAAUGCAGCAAUUAAUCAAAAGGGUACGAAAAUUAUAGCAAAUACUAUAGCAGUUGCCACCAAGUAUGCUUCUGACCCUGAACAACUUGAAACAUUGAAGGCACUACUUCUCCAAAAUAAGAUAUCGGAAGCUAUGGAAGUCUUGCUUGGUCUUGGUGUGAAUCCAAAUAGUGCUGAUUCGUAUGGAAACACUGCCCUUCAUUAUGCUACCCUACUUUCAUUCAAUGGAUGCUCUCAAGAAUACUUAAUGAAAAUCCUCCAUACUCUAGAAAAUCAUGGCGUACGAUUCAAUGUCAGAAAUCUGGAAAAGGAGACACCACUACAUUUUUGUCUUUCAGAAAAAGCAUGGCGAGGAUUCAGAGAAAUUAGCCCUUCAAAUGGAAUAGAAAGGAGAUGGGAGCAAGGACAGACUGAGAUAAAGAAUGCAUUUGAUGGUAUGGUUGAGAUUUGCAAAUUUCUUUUACAAGAUGGCUCACUUGUUAUGGAGACUACGAGAAAUGGGGAAUCUGUUUACCAUUUGAUGACAAACCUUUUCCGUGAUGUACUAUCCACAAAAGAUGAGGAAAUUCGAGAAAUUGUGUGCCAGAAUGCUGUAUAUCUUCUUGAAAUGCUUUCAAGAGCAACUGUCCAACAUUCAAAUGUUUUGAUGAUCAGGGAUCGCAAGCUCAAUUCUCCCCUUCACCUCUGGGCUUCACUUUCUCUGCCAAUGAAUCAAAGCUAUGCUGCAGUCCGCAUAACGAAUGACUUCACUUUUCAAAAGCUUCUUUAUUUCAUAUUGAAGCAUUUGUUAAAGCCUGGAUCUACACCAAACCCAAGGAAUGAAGACGAUCAAACUCCUCUUCAUCUUUGUAAGACAUGGAUCGCUGUUAAUCUUUUAAUAAAAGAGGGAGCAAAUACAAAUUGCUUUGAUAAGGAGGGAAGGACUCCCCUCUUAAAUAUUGCAAAACAGCAAGUUCUCAAGACCAACAUUAACUGUAGACAUAAUUUCUUCCCAGAUUUAAAAGAAGAUCCUAAAAUCUUCUUUGAAACAUGUGUGUCAUUGAAUCUUGACAUCUGGAGUUCUGACAACCAUGGUCAAUCUCUCCUAGAUAUUAUCCUGCAAUCAGAGGUCUUUGAGCUAGCGAAUGCUUAUAUUGAAGUUGCCUGCUGUAAAUCAAACACGUUAGUCUUAAAGCACUUGUUGGAGACUAUUUGCCAAGACAAGUCCAACCGUGCUACCUGGAAAAGCCUUCUUGUAACAAAAAUCUUGACAUCUAAGCAUGGUCCCUUCGAUCUACAUGAUGCACUUCAAUAUUGUGUGAUCAACAUCAAAAAAAUGCGCGAUCAAGGGCAGGAAUUUGCAUUUGGAAAACCUCUAGAGCCUCCAGUCAAGAAACCAAAAAAUAAUCGAGGUAUUUUACCAGAACAGCACAGUGAUGUUGGUCUUACAUCUGUUCAUGUGGACAUUGCAAGACAGCUACUUUUGCAUGGAGCUGAUGGUAACACUUGCACCGAUUUGUGCCAAGACUUCCUAGAGCUUCGGCAAUUUUUGACCACAGAAAUAGAUUUUUAUGAUGUGCCACCGAUCAUUCCAUGGACAUCUCAUUCUACAGUACACAAAACCAAACUUGCAAGGGUCUCAAGAAAACAGAACGUUCAGAAAAUUGGCAAUUGUUGGUUUAAUAAAGACCCUAUUGGAAGAGGAUCGUUUGGUCAUAUAUUCGCAGGAAUCAACGAAAAGGACGGAAGAGAGAUUGCAAUAAAGAAAAUAGAAAAAUUGCGCAUGAUGCGACCAGAGGAUGAAAGAGAAAUAAGAAAUCUGACAGCAUUGGCAGACUGUCCAAAAGUCGUUAGCUACAUUUCCUUUGAUGAUAGUGAUACGGAAUUUGUGUACAUUGUUUUAGAACUAAUGGAAGGGGAUCUAGAUCACUACUUUGAGAAUUGCACCUUUGAUGUAAGCCAGGCCAGUAUAAUGUGCAAAGAUGUUGUUGAAGGACUAUCAUAUUUGCAUCAACACAAGCCAAAAAGCAUUAUUCAUCGUGAUAUCAAACCAGGGAAUAUUCUUUACAAGAUUCAUCCAAGUCUUUGUCUCAAAAUUGCAGAUUUUGGUCUGAGCACCCCUGUGGCAACUAUUGGUACCACUGUUUAUGGUACCAAUGUCGGCACGCGAUGCUGGAUUGCUCCAGAAGUGAUAUCUUCGGGAAAAUACGAGCAUUCAAAAUCAUCAGACGUAUUUUCGUGUGGACUACUGCUUCACUAUAUCCUGUCUAAUCAAAAUCAUCCAUUCAGUCCAGCUGAUAGUGCCAGCAAAGUUAAUGAAAUUGUUGACCAUGAAACACAAGACAACAUGCUGAAAUACAAAUUAGAAGGAUGGAAUAAUGCACUUUCCCUGGAAGCCACGCAUCUCAUUAAAGGCAUGCUGCAUAUAGAUCACUCCCAGCGACCUUCCGCAGUGGAUUCAUUACACCACCCAUUUUUCUGGUCCAGAAAGAAGAGGAUGGAGUUCCUGAAAGCUGUUGGUAAUCAAUAUGAAUUUCAAUGUCCUACUGCUAACAAAGCAGCCUCUCAUUUUCCCAUGACAGGGGUAGAAGCUGAUCUUAAAAGGAGCCUAGCCAAAAUAGUGCCAUUUGGCAAAUGGGAUGAUCCUAGAUACAAAGACAUGGCACAGGUUGUUACUGAGAUGAACAAUCGAAUCGAAAGAGUAAACAAAAAUGGGAAAACCUAUUACGAAAAACCAAGGACCUGCGAUACUGGCUCUGUUGUAGAGUUAGUUCGAUUCAUCAGGAAUGCUACCGAGCACGUCUCUGAGCCCAGCCGACCAGCUGACAUUAGGAAACUGAUUCUUGAUGACUUUGUGUUUUUGAGGGAAUUUCCACACCUACUGAUAGAGGUGUAUAAGGCUGUAGUGUCACAUCGAUGGGACAACAGAAAAGAAAUCAAGUAUGCCAUGACGAGUGAGGAUGCUUUGAAUUGUACAUGAAUACAKCGAUGUGAAAUACUCUGUCUACUGUUAACAAGCAAGACCAGACUAUAUCACCAUGCGUGUACAGCUAGAAAAACACCUGGAAAUAGUAAAGCGUUAGUCAUUACUAGGAAAUAGAACAUAGCCAUAAUUUGCUCUUGUACUCAGAACUUCAUUAGGAACAGCGCAAUAUUUAUCAGGAAGGGUGGAUUGAGAAAUGAGCCAAA